GUAACCAGUGACCACCACUGUAUACAUCGAGAUCUUCAUCAGAUAUACUACUACAUACCAGCCGGUAUCCGUCUACAGAAAAAAACCGAACUCGAUCCGUCGAUCGGACCACCAAAACUCACCUAACCUCUGAACCUAGAUUGGCUCGGAAACACACGCCCCAUUUCGAUUUCGGGUAAUCAUGUCUGACAUGGACGCCGACGAAUGGUACGACGCCCCAGACGAAGACCAAGACCUCGAUCCCGAUUUCAUCCCAGGAGGAUCGGACGAUGACGAUGAAGAUGGGCAGGACGCCUUUGAUCUCGACAACAGCAACGAAGAAGACGAGGAUGAUCAAGACGGGUUGAAUGGGGAGGAGUUGAACGACUUUGAGAGGAUCAUGAGGCGGAUCAGGCGGGAUGAGGGGAUGGACGUCGACCCCGAUGCAGAGGAUGACGAGGAUGAAGAAGAGGCGGAUGAGGAAGAAGGGGAGGGGACGGCAACAGGGACGAGGUUGACCGGCGCCAGUGGGUCUCGCGGUCCGUUUGAUUAUCGGUUCUUAGGGGGCGGAAGUGGAAGUGCAGCACAAUCCCAAUCCCAACCCCGAUCUCAAGCUCAAUCCACCGGCAACCCUCUGGCAGACGCCAUCCGCCAAUCCGCCCAAGUUCAGGAAGACGGCUCCCUCCUCGUCCCGCACGCCUUCUUCCGAGCGCUAUUCGCCAGCGGGUUGUUACCUGAAGAAGCUAUCACCCGGUUAGCUGGGCAGUUGGGCGGGGACGAUGAAGACGACGAUGAUGAAGACCUGGAUGGGGAAGAAUGGGACGAAGACCAAGAUGACGAAGAUGAGGAUGAAGAUGAUGAUGAUGAUGAUGAAGGGUACAACGUCUUUGGCGGAGGAAGGUUCCGACGAGGUGGGCUAGCCAGGAAUGGACGUCUAAGAGGGUGGGACUGGUUCGACAUCGAACGCGAGGGCAAACCCGCUGGAAAGAGGUUGGCUCGAGGAGGGGAAUUCGGGCGGGUAGGUUUUCCUCUGGGAGAAGACGUCCGAACGGGACUAGCAUUAGACCUCGCGCAGAGUGAAAGCAAGACCAGGUCCGGCUCUGGGUUUAAGAGCGCCGGGGACGUCUUGAUGGAAGAACAAGCCGAAGACGACAACGACGACAACGUGGAUGACCCGAACGAACAUGCACUGAGUACGAGUCCGACGAGCACGAUCGCCACGCACCUCUCCCGCAGCCCGACCACGCGGACGAAACGCCCAUCUCAAACCCCAAGUCAGACCCGUCGUCGCACCUCGUCGUCCUCCUCCUCGAUCACGCUCGCCACCUCGCCCAACACCAGGACCAGGCGGUUGUCAGCUUCGUCCCUGGCCAGCGCGGCCAUGGGGGUCGAAGACGACGGACGGGUCAAGGGGAUCAAGAGCAAGGUGGUCGGACGUGGAGGUUGGGUCAAGGGGAUGAUGGGGUUCGGGAAAGAGACCGGUAGGGGCGUCUGGGGAUCGAGCGGGAGGGAAGAGUGGAGCAAGAAAUGUCUGCCGAAUACCAAUGGGACGAUCGUGGCUUCGUACUCGGCGUCGCCCUAUAUCGGACAACAUUCGCAUGAUCACUCGUUCUUCUACACCGCCACCCAAGACUUUAAACUGCACCUCUACUCGACCCAAGACGCGCCGCUCUCCAGGCUCGCCAACAACGCCGGUAGAAACGCCUUGCCAGCCAGACCUCAACGUAGGUCGAUCUAUGCCCGGCACUACGACGACGACGGGCCGGACGAUCACAGUCUGCGCAAGAUCAAGACGGUACAGGGUGUACACGGACAGUGGACCGUCACGGAUGCCGACCUGUCCAGGGAUAACGAGUGGAUGAUCUAUUCGUCUAUCACCCCCUACGUCCAUCUCUUGCGCACGGCCGAACACGAGCACGAACACACGAUGCUCGACUUUUCCGAGUCUGGACAGCGUGGCGGGAUGGCUCGUUACAUGCGAGAAUUUGGGAUCUGGAGUAUCAGGUUCUCGGCAGACCAAAAGGAAAUCAUCGCCGGGGCCGGAUCGGGUCAGAUCAUGGUCUACGACAUUGCAGCCAAACGCAGGAUCCUGAACAUUCGGGCACAUAACGCUGAUGUCAACGGAGUUUGUUUUGCCGACGAGAAUUCCACCAAUGUUAUCGUCUCUGCCUCGGACGACGGUUACCUCAAAGUCUGGGACCGCCGAUCGAUUGGAUCUUCUGUUCCCUCGGGCGUGUUGGCGGGCCAUACCGAGGGUCUGACCUAUGUCGAUGCCAAGGGCGACGGCCGGUACGUCGUCUCGAACGGGAAAGACCAGGCGAUGCGUUUGUGGGACCUCCGCCGGAUGAGGAGUUGGAACGAGGUCAAUGAGUCGGCUCCGAACGCCAAGACGGCGUACGGGUUGGGCAGCGAUUGGGAUUACCGGAGCGGCUACUACCGUAAACCGCGACACCAAGCCCACCCGCUCGACUGCUCCGUCAUGACUUACCGCGGACACCACGUCCUCUCGACCCUGAUAAGGUGUCACUUUAGCCCUGUCGAGAGUACCGGAGGACAGUACGUUUAUACGGGUGGGAGUAACGGGGUCAUCUGGAUCUAUCAUCUGGACGGGCGGGUCGUACAAGUACUGGACAGGACCAAAGCUCAACCGCUCGUCAACCCGCUGACGGGCGAAUACAACGACCCUUCUGCUCCUCAAGAGGUGGUCAGCGAGUACGACCCGGAUCCGAAAGGAGCGAGUAACUGUACGGUACGGGACGUCAGCUGGAACGGCAACGAACCCUCCCUGAUAUCCACCGCCUGGGAAAGACACGCCGGUGGGGACAUUGCCGUACACCAGUGGAAGGGCUUGGGGAAGGGCGGGUUGAACCGGUUGGAAGAUUGGGUCGAGGUCAGUGCGGCGAACGCCGGGGAGGGGGUUGGGGACGAUGGGAGGGCGUAAGGGCCUGAGGCUAGGGAGUGGGGGUUUGGGGUUUGUAGCUUUGUAGCGAAGUGGCGAUGUGAUGUCUUUGUGUAUUAUCGUGUAUUGUAUCGGACGUUUGUGAUGAAACGCGGUUUGUGUGCUUUGCUG